AUGGAUAUUGAUACGCAAGAGUUGACGCGCAAGAAGCGUUCCCUGCAAAAAGCUUUUCAUCCAGACCGCCUUACGCGUCUAGUCAAGGUAACCUUUUCUCCUUACUGUUUUUGCCUAUGUACAUUUCUUUUUCUUUCAAAGGAUGAGCAAGUCAUAGCUGCCGAUCUCUCUGCCAAGAUAAAUGAAGCGUAUAAAAUCCUCGUCGACCCCAUCUCUCGAGCGGAAUAUAUCCUAUCCCUUCAAGGAGGCUCUACUCCUGAGAAAGAGGCAGAAUCUGUCGAUAAAGACUUUCUCAUUGAGAUAAUGGAGCUCAGUGAGAAGCUGGAAGAAAUGACGUUGGUCGCCAAGUCAGAUACGCAUAAUGAAGGCUUUGUAAAGGAUCUGGAAGCCCUCUGUGCGCAUAUCAUCCAGCGGCGCACGGAGGAAAUGAACCUCCUCGCGGAAUACAUAAACUGCUCUCGAUGGGAAUCAGCACAUGCAAGAUUAUCUAGAGUCCGAUACUUUGAGCGUUUGUAUGGACGUCUAUGUUCAUUGAUGCCCGAGCUAUCUUCAAAGGGUGUCAAAGUCUCCGUCGAUUGAAUUUACGUGAGUUCCUUUCUCAUCACACGUCAAACUGCCAAUUCAAUUUGUGGACGUAUUUGGGGUCAACUCUCAUGCAGCGCUAGCACUUUUAGGGAAGGUUUGUGAUACUUUAAGUUUUUCACAUCAGUAGGCAUGCUUUGCUAUGCAGCUCUGCCAUUUACGAAAUUCCCACUUUACUCUCCUCAUAUGAACGUAUCGCUACCCCGCCUCCACCUUUCUGCUGAGUCUCCAUAGUCAUUGGCUCUACUUCGCGGUGAACUAGUGAAGUGGAUUCCAUCUCCAUCAUUUGCGGGGUAAAAACACUGCCCAUUAAACUAUCCAUCUGUCAGUUGGUCUGCUAUAGGCGUUUCUGGUGAUUUCAAAUGGGGAUUAGAACACUGCUGUCCUAGCUCAGAAUUCAAUAACUUGCAGGAUCUUUUGACAACAAUGGUGGGAAUCGUGAAGUCUCAGUCGCACUCUAGCCGACCAAGCUCCACUGACUAGUUACGAAGAACUAUUCGCCCUUCAAACCGUUGUUACAACCUCUUCACCCAAUUUCUUUUUUCCCAUCCGAGCUUGCAUGAUCUUCAGUGAAGAGUGUCGUAACAAACUAAAUGAAGGAUAGAAUGUCCCUGCCGGCCAAUCACACUAGUCAGCAUACUUAACCAUCUUCCUGCCCCACCCACGUGACUGGAGAUAAGCGCGAGCGCAGUGGCUGACAAAGCUAAAAAAAAAAUUGACGCGUACCACGGGUAUGCUAAUUCCUGACUCCAUACGGACCACUCUUUAAUGCGGAGAGUUUCGAACCUUACAUAAGUGAGUGCAAUGAAAACCAUAUUGGGAGAGAGCCAUUGCGGCCUAGUCCUUAAUCCUGCCUACAAGUGUUUCCCGGUCAGUUGACAGCCUUGAACUGUUGGCGUGUUUGAUAGCGGGGAAAUUAAACGCUGAAUCUGAUAUUCAUUGACCUCUUUCUCUUGGUCACUGACCUGUCCGGGUCAUGCUGACUAGGAAUGAGAUGGGGAACGGCGAUUGACGUUGCUUGAAGGUCCUGUUUAACGCAUGUCACCAAAACAUCCGUAUUUAUGAUACGUUGUCUGCCAAUGCCCACAUUGGCAAGCUCCAUGGCAUGCUUGUUGUAUGGGUGAUGGGUGAUGUGUUAGUGUAUACUCGCAUAUGACCAAAUAGGCUCUUGCAAUGGGCAGAUAAGGCGGAUCAGGCGUGUUGGUUGGGGCUUCUGGUCGUACUUUUCUAUCUGUAUUUCCAUGCAUUCGCAGGUGUACGAUGAGGUUUUUGCGCAAUAGGAAUGUGCGAUCACAACUGGACUGGUUAAUUCCAGACUUCAUUGUACAUGCUCAUAGGCAGUUUGGGUAUGUGUAGAGGUUGUUUAUGUCUGUGUAGCAGUACUCCUAAACGAUCGUCGAACCAUCAAGCGUAAUUUUUACACCAUAUAUUCACAAAAAAGAUUGGGUUGCGUUUCGGAAGCAAUGGGGUUUGUCCACUUUAUUCACAUAAUCGUCGCCGGUUCAGUCAAGUUUUGAAACAACAUCCCAGUGCUGAUUCCGUAGGUAUUUGACACUGUCGUUGUCCUUCAUAUACCCUCCAUUCCGCUGCUGUAAUUCCAACAUCGCUGGUUAUUUCUUCCUUAUCAGGACGUAGAAGCAGAUUGUCUGAAACCUGGAAGGCGUGAUCCUCUACGAUCUUGGUGGAAGGGGAUCUUGCUUGAUGGAAAGGGACCUUGCUUAGGACCAGGCAAUCAUAGGAAAGCGCGUGCUCCAAACACUCAUAUUUAUGCGACAACCUUGUCCAAAAUUUCACUGGUACUCCGUUCCAACAUAUCACGAACUCGACGGAAGCUCAUAAUCCAACUGUCUGGUGCUAGAUUAGAAGUUGGUUUCGACCUUGACAACACGAGAUUGACAGCAAGACAGGGGAGCCCAAAGGCCGUGUAUAAAAUGCAGAUGAUUUUAAGAAGUUGAAGUCCGUAAGCGCACGUCUUCAAACGCGCAUUAUUCGGUCUGCAUCAUAAUAUGCGUUAGGUAAUGACAGCGAAGGGUGAAAAGCAACCGAUGGAUAAGGAUGAUACGGCGUGGGCUUGGGUCAUCCGGGCAUGCGAAAACAAGGAGAGGGACUACGAAGGAGGCUGCUGCUACUCUGAUGCAACGUGCUACGAUGUUGACAGAAAUGUGUGGAAUCCAUGUUAGGCCGGACUCGCUGAGGGGCUUGCGUGAACGCCUUCUGUAAGGAUAAGACCGGAUCGACUAGCCACACGGUUACCACCCAUGCUGUUGCAAGAACCCAUUGACGCAGGAAUUUGGGGUGUUUCACCGGCACCCUGCAGAUGACUCAGAAAGUUUGGUUGACGUCCACUCGGUGGGCGUUGUCAAGUCCGUGAGCCACAGUUGUGUUAGAGGUGGACUUGAGCAUAGUUUAAUUGGUCCAAGCACGAUGGUAGCCUUAUAUCCGCUUGGAUAGGUGUCUAGUCGUUCGACAGUAUAUGAAGGCCUGAAAAGGUGACCUAUUCUUACCUUACGGGCGAAGAGGGGACAGCUUUGAGAAAACUAAUAGUAACUUGCCCAUUCGGUACGUGUGCAAAAUAGCAGAAUGCAGACGACGUAAGUCCGCCGGUCAAAUCUUGAAACAAUUUAGGAACAGUUAAUUAUUUUAGCCGUCGGCGACUUCGUUACUACCAGACGUUCUUCCAUAUAUCAUGUGAUAAGCAUCUCGGGGAAACCAUUUUCCCGCUGGGCAUUUGUAUGUAGGCGAGUUCAUUUUUUCAGGAUAUCUACAGAGCAGAUCUUCCAAACUCGGUCGGCUAGACAGCAAACUAAGUUCCUUUUCAGAUGUGGAUUUGUGUACUUUCUCAUCCACGCUUUCUCACAGGAUACACAUCUCGAUUCCCAUAGGUAUCCUGUUUCGUAGGGCGUCCAGAAAGAGUUAAUUCUGUCGUCCCCAUCUUCCUGCAAGUGGAAUUUAACCCUGGAUGAAUGAUUUGUUUUUUUGGGAGAAUAUCGAAAUCAAGCCUCUCAACGGGUGAGACGUAAAUACCAUUAACCUAUCAGAACUAGGAGCUCUGUAAUCGAAGUUAGUUUUUCUCGAGUUUUCCCAUUGAAACACCAACUAGUAGGGGUCCGGAUGGUUGUGCUAUCGCUACGUCGUCCUGGCGGUAAAACUGGCUAUCAAGGCUGAAUUGUGCGUACAGCGAAGGAGCAGCUCCACUAGGGUUCCAGUCGGUGUCCGAAAACCCGAUUUAGCAGUGUUGUGACAUAAAUAUUCUAUCAUGUCCGCAAGGAGAACACUAACAACUAAAGACGAUGUAUCUAGAGACUUUAUUUACCGAAUAAGAUUCGGGUUUGUCAUGGAAUUUACGAAUUACAAUGCCAUUUGGCUGCAUGGCUCCAUUUCACACUUCGGCCGGCCACUUUGCAGUUGGGCAAUAUGGUAAAUCACGGAUGUCCAGCAUCGGUCGCGUAGUGAGACUACGCUUGUGAAUCUGUGACAGGCCACAAAGACUUGUGCCGAUGGGACUAAAACACUCAAAUCGUUGUUCAUCAGGAGAAGCUUGGUCUUUCACUUUCCGCAGUGCCGCGCGUCUCUUCUGAAUUCACUUGUCUCACCACCAAAACGCACCCCCCGACGGAGGUAGAACUUACCUCCUCCUCCCACAUCACCCUUGUUCAUUUUUUGUUUUUCGCCUUUCUCUGCCCUACCUCAAAAUGUAUUAUUGUACAGGUCUGACGAUGGAUAGUUGAAAAUGUGCGUUUUCGACUUUGGUUAGUCUCUAACAAACUCGCGUGCUUCUGACCUGACCAUAAUACCUUCUUUCCUCCUUAGUGUCCCGACCGCCUGCUCAGACGACGACAACUCACCCCCUGCUCACACUAAUCGGGAUCAAGCAAAAAUUACACCAUGA